AUGCUACCUCCACCACUUCGACGUCGAAGACUACCACUAGUGCAACCUCAAGUACCCUACUCUACGACUAGUACAUCGACUAUUGGCCCCACAAGCAGUACAAGUACUGUCAGCACGGCUAGCGCAACCAGCUCCUCUAGCACGUCGCCUGCUAGCUCAACAACUAGUACAAGUACUAUCAGCACGGCUAGCACAACCAUUUCCUCUAGCACAUCGGCUGUCAACCCAACGACAACUACAAGUACCAUUUCAAGUGCUGGUCCUACCAGCAGCUCUGCCAGCAGUUUGAGUAGCACCACGACCACCACUUCAAGCGCAAUUUUGACAAGCACCACUACGUCAAGCACACUUAGGACGACCUCCACCACAACAAGUAUUCCACCUACAACAACGACAACGACCACGACAACGCCAAUUCUCGCUACCACAACCACUGUCCGGACAACCUCGACCAGCGCGGCUCCGACAUUCAACUGCGAUCCAAAUGGCUACCUGAUUCAAAACGCCGCAUUCUAUCGUGUAAAUAUUGCCACUGGAGCUUCAACGCUAGUCAAGUCCAGCGUGGGCAAGAACAUGAACGCCAUAGGAUACAACACACUAGACAACUUCAUCUACGGAUUUGGCGUGAAUGACCGAACCAUCAAUCGACUUGCGCCGGACGGAACCCUGACGGUGAUCUCCACCCUGCCUGCAGCACAAACAGGCUUCAACGCAGGCGAUAUCGAUACCAACGGCAUCUUGUGGCUAAGUGCUUCAGGCUCAACCUGGGCGCAAGUUAACAUGGUUCCUGGAUCCGCAACAUUCGGUCAAUUGAUCAGCUCCGGCACCACCACCGGCUUACCCAGUGGCACCACUGCCAUCGAUUGGGUGUUCCUCCCCGGUCAAGGCCAGAAUCUAUUCGCAAUCGCAGCUGGCGGUGGAAUAUCCUAUCUAUACAUGUUCAGCAUGGUUAGCAAGGCAUGGACGCAAUUACGCAAUUAUGGCAGCAUCGCAGGCAACACUUGGGGCGCUGGAUAUGCCGCCCCCGACGGCAGUCUCUUCGCUGCCGACAACACGAGUGGUUCAAUUUACAAGUUCCCACUAAACGGUCCCGCCGUAUUUGUGGCAACUGGUCCAGCUACCAGCUCCAACGACGGUGCCAGAUGCCCUUUCAAUGCCCAGAUCACUUAG